AACCGGUCCAAAUUGAAAGCAGGAAGUUGUCCUACUGUUCCAAAAUUAUAAUUUGGAACAAUCCGUAGAAAUAUGGCGACCUUGCGAGGUCUGCGAACAACACCACAGUGCUUUUCUCGUGCAAUUUUUCAUUAUUCAAAAGGCCAGAAACGGUUUCUUUGUUUAAGCAAGCAAGCAAACUCGCAACUAGCCUUUGUGUCCAGCGAAUACAACGAGAUUUAUAAACGUAGUAUCGAAGAUCCGGACAAAUUUUGGGGUGAACUUGCAUCCACUCGUUUGCAAUGGAUUAAACCAUUUACCGAGGUUAUGGAUUGUGAUAUGAAUGUUGGGAAACACAGGUGGUUUAUGGAUGGCCUUUUGAAUGUCUCAGGUUUAGUAUGAAAAUGCAGAUAAUUUGUCUGUUAGAUCACCAAGCAUAUAUAGUUGUCUUUAUGUUAUGUUGUUUAUAAAGGUUAAUAUAAUAAUGGCAAUCCUCUUGCUUUCUCAAAUAGAAAAUUGUUUGGACAGGCAUGUGAAUAGAAGUCCUGAAAGUGUAGCAUUGAUAUGGGAGAAAGAUGAGCCUGGAACACAUGAAACUGUUACUUAUAGGUGGGUAUUAGAAAACUCUUGGGUAGGGCCGUAGGGGUGGACUUCCUAUGGGGGGAUGCAGGGCAGUGGCACCUUCCUAGCUUUAGUAGCUAGGGGACGGGUUCAUGGAGGAGUUUUGAGAGUGCAUGGGGGAUUUUUGAUGACCAGUGCAAGGGUGUGAAACUACCCUGGGUGGCUAGCUUUUCAGGCUAGCUGCAGUCAAAGAGUUUUUGAGAAUGAAUUAAUGAAAAGGAAAAUUACAGUGCUAUGAUGCAGGAAACCUUCUCUUGCAAUGCCCACCACUAAUGUCCUUCUCCCCUCCCUCCUAAAAAGGUUAGCAUCUAGGUGACUACCAAAUUAACCUGUUAACUGCAGAUAUGUUCACAGAUAUGUUCACUUGACAACAUUUGGGCAAUGAAUAAGAAUUAAGUAAACUUGUUUUUGCAGAAAAAAAUCAUAUGCAUAUUUAUUUGGUAAAUAAAUAUUCAUGGUGUUUUUCACAAAACUAAAACAAUAAUAUAGGUCUCACCAUAUAUUACUUAGCAGGGGUGGAAAAAAUAGGCGAGCAUGCGAGCACUGCUCACAGAAAAUGUUAAACAGCUGCAGGAAAUUUGUUUGAAUGAAGAUUUGCUAUUGAAAAUUUGAAGGGAACCUUAACACCCAUGUCCCACUAUAGGCGCAACAACAUAUGGUUGACAGACAUUGUUCCUUGAAUUUAAAACCAUGGUCAGCUAGUGAUAUGGCACAAAAAUACUCCGUUGGUCUGCAGGAAAUUUAAGUGUGCAGGUUGUGCUCCCAGGAAGAAAAUUAUUUUUUCUUACCCUCACUGUUAGGUACAAAGAGCUUCUAGAACUUCCAUCCAAUUUUGACACUGUUUUUAGAGAACUUUUGAAAAUGACAUGUCAGCUGGCAAAUACCUUGAAAAAUCAUGGCGUAAAGAAAGGAGACAGAGUUUGUAUUUAUCUACCAAACUGUCCCCUUGCUGUUGCCACCAUGCUUGCUUGUUCUCGUAUUGGUGCUGCUCACAAGUGAGUGUGUUUGCUUUAAAUUUCUGCCAUUUUGCAACAUUGACAACUUACAUGCAAGUAGUUAAUACAAUGGUCAAUUGACACUUUUUCUCUUAAAUAAAACAUAUUAUGACAAAUCAUCUAAGAAAUUAACUGUUUCAUAAGAUGAACAAACAGUUCAUUACUGUCAGGACAAAAGUAUUAUAGACCACAUGCAGAAACUGAUUGGGUUUCACUCAGGGAUGGCAGCAGUUUAAUUUGCUUAAUCGAUAGAAGUUCAUAUUAUAAACUUUCCCAUUCCUUCCUUCUAGUGUUGUGUUUGCUGGCUUUAGUGCAGAGGCAUUGGCAAGCCGUAUCACAGAUGGUCAGUAAUAGAAUAUGAUCAACACAGAAUGCAAAAGAUCUAACUAAUAAACAAGAAUUUUAGUUACCAUCUUUAAUAUCACAUUCAGUACCAGUUUCAGUCUAAUGCUAGAUGAUUUUAUUCGUCAAUGGGAGCAUGCAUGCUGAUACUAAAAUGGGUUAAAACACAUUAUUAUACAGUAUGUUAUUCUGUCGAAUGAUACACAUGGAAAAUCAGUCUUGUGUAUUAAAUAAACGAAGUGACUAUAUGACCGGCAGCCGGUCACAGUUUAUCAAAUACUAAAUGGCCGGCAGUCUAGUGACUAUUGUUAAAGUUGAAUUUUUAUAAGAUAAACCUAUCCCCAACCCCAAACCCUUUUCUAACCCCUAACCCUAACCUUUUGAGAGUUUAAAAAAUUUUAAGAAAAAACACAUCCCGACCCCGACUGCGUUUAACUUUCCGCACGCAGCGCCCUUGCCGUAUGAGCUAACAGCAAGGUCGGUAAAAGCUAACGCAAACAAAAGUUUUUAUAUUCAACUAUAGUCACUAUAGACUGCCGGCCAUUUAGUAUUUGAUAAACCGUGACCGGCUGCCGAUCAUAUAGUCACUUUGUUAAAUAAAUGUGUUAUUAUAUUUCUCCAGCUGGAGCAGAAGUUGUAAUUACUGCUGAUCAAGGAGUGCGUGGUGGCAAGACAAUUGACUUGAAACGAACAGUAGAUGAAGCAGUGAGCAAGUGCUCAGGUGUAAGACAUGUCUUUGUGAUGUCAAGAACUGGGGCUGAUGUGCCCAUGGGCAAAAAGGAUAUAUCUUUAGAAAAGGUGCCUAAAACUAGUUACCAUUUGGCCAUUGCCCUCCUUACUCCCCCCUCCCCCUCCUACUCUCAUGUCUAUCUAAUUUAGCUUGAAUGUUUUUACAUAAGAAUGCUUGACAUUUGACAACCCAAAUUAGUCUUAGCUGUUGUUCUUACUAACCACGCAUCUAGCUCUCACGUAAAAUUUCAUUCACACCAGGCAAUGUCAGAAGAGAGUGCUGAAUGUGCAGUUGAACCUAUGAACAGUGAGGAUAUGUUAUUUUUACUAUAUACAUCUGGGAGCACGGGGAAACCAAAAGGAAUUCAACAUUCUCAAGCAGGUUAUCUGCUCUAUACCAAUCUCACAUUUCAAGUACGUAACCAACAGUUUUUUGAAGCACAAUUUCAUUUGUAUAAUUAAUAUAUGCAGACUUAGAUAGAACUGUUACAGAUUGGACAUAGAGCUGUCAGAAGAAAAAUAUAAUGCAGUUUAGUUUUCAGUAGAAGCUUCAGGCCAAUAAUAAAUCAUGUAUUGUUCCGCGCAAUGGGCCAGGCCGUAGACUUUGAAGGGAAAUGGUCAUCAACCGGUAAUUCUCAGAGUGAAGAAAAACAUGUCAUUUCUCUCUGUUUUGAAUGCUAGGUGCCAGUGUGUAUAUAGUGCUGCAAACUUGUGUAGAUAAUCCAGUUACCUGAACAAUGUAAAAAAGAACGUCUUUGACGUUUCGAGUGAUGGCCCUUUGUCUGGUUGAUCGCGGUCCGAAAUGUCGAAGUUCUUUUUGUAUUGUUCAGUUGCAUGAUCAUGUACACAUGUGUACAGAUUUGAUUUUUUUAUCUUAUGUGGUGGUCUUGCAUUUGGCCAGUGGCAAAUAGAUAAAAAGAUUCACGUCAACUUGUUUGCUCCUAUAACGUAAAAAUGCUCAAGUUGUUACCGGCAGAUCUGCAAUGCGUUUGCACAUCAUGUUCCCAGUUGUUGUGACAAGUCUGGAACAAUUAUUAUCACCUUGUACAAGUUGUUUGAAAGAAGGCUAAUACAGGUUGUUCGAUCGUAACAUGUUGCUACGAACUUGUUUGUAUCAACCUGUUAACAACUUGCUAUGUGCAGACGAUAUCAGAGUUGUUGGAUCAUCUUGUCGCGAGUCUGUUGCAGUGUUGGUCUCACCAACCUUGUGACAAGAUGAUAACAACUUGUUCCAGACUUGUCAACAACUGGGAAUAUUAAGGUGGCUCCCUAGGGUUUUUUAAUUUACUACACUAUAGUAUUCAGGAGACUCCUGCUUCUUUACUUUACAUGACAUGAAAACGAAAUUUAUUGGACACAUUGACAAUGUUCUACUGAACAUUGCAAAUUGCUACUUUUGUGUUAAAAAUAUGUUGUCAUGGCAACAGCAUGCUUAGAAUAAAGCUCAAAAUUUGUCUUUUUCAGGUCAUUUUAAAAAUUCCCUUCGGUGAAAUUUUUUAAAACUUUGCAUAAAAGAUAAUACUUGUCUAAUGAUUUUUUCCCCGUAAUUUAAAAAAAUUAAAUCGAUAAGUUUCUUAGAAAAUAUAAAAAACGUCAAAAAUCAAUAUUAAAAAUUUUCCCUUCGAUUUAAUUUUCAGAAAAAAGGAUAUUGCACUUGUUGUGCCGAUAUUAAAAAAUGUGCAAAGUUUUAAAAAAUUUUACCGAAGGAAAACAGAGAAAUUUGGGUUUAAUUUUGGCAAUUUUUACGGAUUUUUACGCGAACAAUUUAAUACCCCAACUGACGUGUACAUGCAUUCUGCAUAAAACAAGAAGACAUGACUUCUUUGAAAUCACAAAAUAUAAAUUAUGUUUGAUAUACUGUUUAUAACUGUGUCGGUUAAUGGUCAACUAAGCGUGGAUUAUACAUGUGUAAUUUGCAAAGAUAUUUAGAUAAUUACUGGUUAUGACUUCUUGGUAUUAAUUUGAAAAAUGUUUGUCAAAAUUCGUCCCGUGCGAAUAGUACAUACGUCGGAUGUUUUCGCAAAAUGCCCGUUCAAAUUUCAGUUUUUAUAGUGGUAUGUUUGGAGUUUCGGCCCUGCUCAUUUCACCCGUAGAAGGCUCAUUAUUUAAGUCAUCUUUAUUGUCAUAAGUGCUGCUAGAUUGUGGAGAAAACACUGCAAAUUCUUGAGGAAACUUUAUAUCAUAUCCCAGUGUUCGCGAUCGCACCUCGCGUACGGCGGUUCAAAAAACUUCCAGAAUACCGCUUGAAAUAAAACAAGUUUACAUUAUCUUCUUUUGAAACAUCACAUCCAAGUAUCAUUUUGGCUUUUAGAACUCUUUUUAUGCUUUCAACUAAAGCAAAGUUGACACUUUUGUUUCAAAAAAGAGUUCCAUAUAAAAACACAACGUUCGUUCGUAUUUUGAAGUCACACGAGUUUUAGUUUACAUAUAUACGAAGAACGUAACCCCCGGAAAUAAAACCCUAGGGAGCCACCUUAAGCAGUGCAAACACAUCUUGUCGACAAGUUGUGAAAUUUUUACGCUUACCCCGGUCAUACGGGCCCGCAGUAAUUGACCGCUUGCGUAAUAGACUAAAUUUUGAUUUCAACAAAAAUUUCAUCACAGCUUGAAAGAGCAUCACAAAAUUAGUAAUAUUCCAAAGUUUCGUUAUGUUGUAAAAUGCGGAAAUUAUAGCCUUGCGAAGUUUGCAAUUUUCAGUCAUUUUAAUGACUGAAAAUUGCAAACUUCGCAAGGCUGUAUUAUCCGCAUUUUACAACAUUUCGCAACGAAACUUUGGAAUAUUACUAAUUUUGUGAUGCUCUUUAAAAUGACUGAAAAAUGCAAACUUCGCAAGGCUAUAUUAUCCGCAUUUUACAACAUUUCGCAACGAAACUUUGGAAUAUUACUAAUUUUGUGAUGCUCUUUAAAAUGACUGAAAAAUGCAAACUUCGCAAGGCUAUAUUUUCCGCAUUUUACAACAUUUCGCAACGAAACUUUGGAAUGUUACUAAUUUUGUGAUGCUCUUUCAAGCUGUGACGAAAUUUUUGUCUAGACUUAUUUAGAUAAAAAUUUAGUCUAUUACGCAAAUGGUCAAUUGGCUAAUUGCUGUUGUGGUCACCGGGCCAUGGCGGUCAUGUACUGUGUUUCAUUAUGUACAUUUUUAUUUUGUCCCAUCAGUGUAUUGUACUGUUUCAUCAGCAAAGUUUAUAAAUUAAAAAUAAUUCAAUCAAAUUGAAAUAAAUUAAAAGAGGAUGAGAGUUGGCAGUCACGUAUUGUUACUGGGGAAAUUUAAAGAUUUGAUGAGUGUUUCAACUAUGUUUUAACUUCAAUAAAAUGCAUGAUAAGAUGAUGUCCACUCCGUUCUGUUCUGCUCAUAACAAAAGGGGACCCCCAGAUAUACACAUUGCCCAAAUUUUGCAUCUUUCGAACUUUUUUGAAUUGAAACGUAUAGUUUAUAUUCAUUUACAAGUGUAGCGAACCAGAAAAGUGUUAGAUAUUCAGUUAGUAUAUCAUAUUUUACAAAUAUAGCAGUUCAAAAUGUAAACAAAGUUCGCGCAUGUGCACAGGAGUGGACAUCAUCUUUAAGAACAGCUAACCAAGCACUCUCAUCCUCGUUUCAUCCUGGCUUAUGUGUCAGCGUUUGUGAAGUUGAGCACGUGACGCCCACUGAAACCAACGUGCUUUCUUUUCAGCAUGUGUUUGGUUACGAACCAGGAGACAUAUUCAGUUGUGUUGCUGAUAUUGGUUGGAUUACAGGUCAUUCCUAUGUGGUCUAUGGUCCUUUAUCAAACGGUGCAACGUCUGUCCUGUUUGAGAGCAUCCCCACCUAUCCUGACCCUGGUCGUUAUUGGGAAACUGUGCAAAGAUUGAAAAUAAACCAGUUUUAUGGCGCACCAACUGCUAUUCGUCUUCUGCUUAAGUAUGAAGUUGACUGGGUGAAGAAAUAUGAUAGGUCUUCUCUACGGGUUCUGGGAACAGGUAGAUCAUGCAGUUAUAUGUUACCAGUCAGCAGCCAGCCCGACGAUUUAGUCCCACUAUGCAAAUAUUUUCGUGUUUAUUGACUGGGAAAACAAUCAAUUUCUAAAGAAAUUAAUAAUGAUAAUAAUUUUGAAAUUACAUAGCGGGACUAAAUUAUUGGGCUGGCUACGCCACUGCCAGUAAUUUAAAACAUGUUUAUGCCUGUUCCCACACAAGUUAUUCAAGCAAGGUUGUUGUGAAGCCGUUUCCCGGAUGUAUUUUCACUGCUUGUUCUCAGUUGUUACAAGUCUGGAACAAAUUAUUGUCGUCUUGUCACAGUGACAGAUUUGCUACAAGUUAUUCCAACAAGACUAAUACAGACUGUUUGUAACAAGUUGUUGCGAGCUCGUUGUCAUCAACUUGUUAACAACUAGCUUGCCACGUGCAGAUGAUAUCAGACUUGUUGGAACAACUUCUUGGGAGUCUGUUGGUCUCAUCGACCUUGUUACGAGAUGAUAACAACUUGUUCCAGAUUUGUCAAGCAGUACAAACACAAUGAGACCUCGGUAUAUACCUACUCUAUGACACGAUGUCCUACGAAGUUACACAUCUGGUAUAUACUUAAUCUGUGCCCUGACCAAGUAACUUUCUCAUUUCUUUUUCCAGUGGGAGAACCAAUCAACGCUGACGCCUGGCAUUGGUACAAUGAGGUUGUUGGUGAGAAAAGAUGUACAGUUGUGGAUACAUGGUGGCAAACAGGUACUGCACUCAGCUUUAGCCGCAAGAUUCAGUGAAACGCGUAUGACGGUCUGCUUCAAACUGUUUAUUCUUCUAGAGACGGGUGGCAUAUUUAUCGCGCCUAGACCAUCAGCAGACAACUCGACGCCCAAACCAGAGUUUGCAACGAGACCAUUUUUUGGAGUUGAACCUGUUCUUUUGGACAGUGAGGUACCUAUUCUGAUAGUUCAUCUAAUACCGUAUUUGUAGACGAACUAUCAGUUUUCGCCGAAAAGUAAAAUUUAUUUUAGAAAAUUCUGUUAUCUUUGGCACUUAGGAACAAUGGUUACUGUCUUUGUGGUCCAUUGCAUCAAUUUUCCGUUUUAGGGAGUCGAGUUGCAUGGAAAUAAUGUCUCUGGCAACCUGUGCAUUCGUGGUUCCGUUCCAAGCAUGGCCCGAACUGUUUACGGAGAUCACCGAAGAUACUUAGAAACUUACUAUACAACCUUCCCAGGUAAACGCUUUCGUUUCUAGAAAUGACCUUUAUAAUGCGGACAUUACCAUUAAAUCUCAGUCCCAGAGAGCAAAAACGUGAAUUUAAACCUUUUUUGUUACGAAAAGACAGUAUAGUCAUACGGUAUAUUAGUCAAUUUUAAAUGAAGUUUUAAGUUGGCGGUUAAGUCUUGGAAGUGACAUCAAAGAAGUUCAAAUUUUGACAUCCACCACCGCCGCGUAUGAAGCCUGUAGUGGUAGUGGAGGUCAAAUUUGACUGUCAUUGUGGCGACCUCUACAAAACGGACUUCUCUCUACUACAGACACUCUCCUCUGUCCUCUUCACGUCUGAUUUAAGUCUGCCGCACACGAGAACUUGAAAAACCUCUUGUGGCGGCUGCAGCCUGCCAGAGGGCCCAUACGGCCCCAUAGUUGCAUUUUUCGCAACCGUUCCUGGUUAGGUUUAACCAUAGUUAACUAUAUGGUCUAACAAAUGUAAAAUGUUUGGCUGUAUCAUUGUAAUCUGUAUCAUUUUGUAAAAUGUUGUCAUACACACAGGUUAUUAUUUCACUGGUGAUGGAGCAUUAAGGGACAAAGACGGUCACUAUAGAAUUACUGGUAGGGUGGAUGACGUCAUCAACAUAAGUGGACAUCGUUUAGGAACGGCUGAAAUAGAAGAUGCCUUGGUAAACACAUAUAUUAUUGUUGGUGACGUAACUUGUUGAUUUUACCCACAGUUUUACCAUAAUGCAACAAGUAAAAUGGCUGUUAGUUCACUUCAGAUUUCCACUCAGUUUGAUUAAUAAAUUUAAUCAAUGCGCGUGCAUUUCCUUGUGUGAAAUGCGAGGGGGUUUAUUAGAGAGGGGGUUUAUUUGGGAGCUAGGGGAUUCAUCAAGUUGUAAUGGUAUUUCUUUUAGGAUAACCAUCCAGAUGUUGCCGAGAGUGCAGUGGUUGGCUUCCCGCAUGAUAUCAAAGGAGAAGGUAGAUCAUUAAAAUCACGCUCUCAUUAAAAUUCUUUAUUUCUCAUAAGGUUCAUUGUGGAAAAUACGAGAAAUAUUUAAUUUCUCAAGGUUGUCUGAAGAACAAUAACGCCAAGUCGAGGCUUUGUGGUAAUAUACUAAUAGAAAAAUUACAAUUUAGAACGAAGCCCCGUUGUCAGGGCAUUGUGAGCACUUGUCCGCAAUUCCGAAAUGGUAUAAUUUGUUUUCCAGGAUCCUGGGAUCUCAUUUUUUCUCGGUCUGUAUUAAUUUAAUUAACCCAUUGAGUUGCAUUGCGUCGCAAUGCACCCUACUUUAUUACUUUACUCUGUCUAAUGCCAGAUGAUUUUACUCAUCAAGGGAAGAGCGCUGGCACUCAAUGGGUUAAUGUCCCCUUGACCAGUAAGUUUGUCUGGUAUCAAGGGUGGAAGAGACCUGCGGAAGAUGGUGUGAUUUAAAUUAUUUAUUAUUCUCAGGUAUUUAUGCAUAUGUUACCUUGAAAGAACACGCGCUGAUCACACCUGAAGAUCUACGUUUGCAGCUCAAAAAACUUGUCAAGAAAGAAAUUGGCUCAUUCGCUGCUCCAGAAAUAAUUCAGGUAUUUUAAAAUCUCAGUUAAUCUUAAACGUAUGGUUACCUAGAAAUUCCAAAGGCCGCAGUAGAUUGAUAGGGACACAACUACGGAACUACUUGAAAAAUAGAACGAGUACUUGGGUAGUUGUAUCCCUAUCACUCCGUAGCUUUCUUCUUACGAUGGGCACACUACGCUGGCACAGACCGUUCGAGGUUAUAUCAAAGUUUGCAGUAUCCCACUGUUUACAUGCAUAAAUAUACAUCUUAUCAUAGUCACUGAAGGUCAGUGUUGCAAGGUACAUGCUAUCUAACCAGAUAUGUCACAUCAGCUAGUACAGCUACAUCAUUUUUUACAAGCCAAAUAAUUGAACACUGCACAAAGUGUCAUGAGCCUGUAAAGGACCGAUUGGCGGACAGCGGACUGCCUGACCCACCGACCAACCCACCGACCUACCAGCCAGCUGUCUGACGAACUAAUGGCGGACUGACCAGUUGGCCAUUACUGUCUGCAGAGUUGGCGAUUUUAAGGGUUUGGGGGCACCCUGCUAUGCAGAGCCUAUUUUUAGAGAGCACGUGGAAGCGAGCGACGAAAAGUAGGCUCUGCACAGCAGGGCGAGACUAGGGCAGUGAAAAGUAGGGAGGCGAGGCGCUGGAAGGCGAAAAUGCGGGCGAGACCAUUAUUCGCGCCUUUCCCGCACCUCCGCCUCCCUAAUUUUCGCUGCCUGUGCCUCAACCCCAACCCCUUAAAACCGCAGGCUACUGCCUGCCUGCCUGCCUGACUAACCCACUAACCUGACUGGCUGGCAGACUGAUAUGCACUGGUAAAAAAAUAAAGGUUCCAAGGAUUGAAAACAAGGGUUUUGUUCACCUGUUUAGGUAGCCCCAGGACUUCCCAAAACACGAUCUGGAAAGAUCAUGAGGAGAAUUUUGCGGAAAGUAGCAGCAAAUGAAUUUGAAGAUUUAGGUGAUGUUUCGACUUUAGCAGAACCUUCUGUCGUAGAAGGAAUCGUAAAUGAACACAAGAAAUUAAUUGAAUCGAAAUAAAUUUUCAUAAUUUGCAACAGGGAAAGCUUGCAAGUACCAAACUAGGCAAAAUUUUAAAACUAUUUUAUUCAAUAAAAACUACUACGCCCUAAUAUACAUGUAUUAAUCGUUUAGGUAAAUACUGUAAAUAUAAUUAUUCAGGUAAAAUAGGAAAUACAUUGGUCUAAUAUAUAUUUUAC